AUGAAGACUACUCUGAGAUGCUUUCCUGGACAGCAAGUCGCGCCCCUCGCAAUUGCGCGCACGCGGUACGGAGCCUCAGCGCCGACCCGCACCGCUACUCAACGCAAUGCUCUUUUCUUGUGCAUCCCUCGCUUUCCAGCGACGACGUCGCUGCGGAUGGACGCGCGUUGGCAAUCGGACUUUAGGUUUGCACGAGGUCAUCCUGUGAAGUAUGUGUCAAUGGAGACGCCGGAAUUAACCUGUCGAAACUCGAGCGUCGAGACGGAGUCGUCCCGGACAGGCGAUGGCGUUCUUCCAGCCGACCACGUCGGGGGGCUGAUCAACGUCGGCACAAAAAAGUUCUGCGAUACGAGCGAGAACGUUGCCGCGGAGCCCACAGAGGUCGACCUCACCUCCGGCGAGAAGCUGAGCAGGCUGGCAAAGCUGUACCCCCGCGCGCACAACUGGGGCAAGUUUCUGUCCUGUCGUGAGCGCCAGCUCUUCUCUCGCAUGAUUUGCGAAAAGUUCUAUAAGGAUGGGGAGCAAAGCGCUGCCGAUCCCGCCAUGUUGUACCAGGCGUCGCUUGAGGUGCACUGGGUGGAGGAGUGGGUUGCUAGCCGCGCGCGCGUGGAGCGCUGGUCUGAGGACGAGGCGCGACGUCAGGUAAAGCGCUCGCUCCUCGAGCGCAUCGACCUUCACAAGCCGCUGUCGUACAUUAUCGGCUCGCAGCCCUUCUUUGGGUGUGAUAUUCACUGCGAGGCGCCGCUUCUGUGCCCGCGCCCCGAGACGGAGAUGUGGACGCACUGGAUGGUGUACAACCACCUGGCGCGCGCGGAACGCAGCACUACCGCCACCAACGUGUCUUCAGCCGCGUCGCCAAUCCGCAUCCUCGAUGUGUGCUGCGGCACGGGCUGCAUCGGUGUGGCUCUGGCAAAGCACCUCUCAACUGCUACUGUCACUGCUCUUGACAUUCUGUCAGAGGCGGUGCGAGUAUCUAGAGAGAACGCGGCGCGCAAUGGGAUCCCACCUGAGCGGUACUCAGCGAUGGAGAGCGACAUGUUCAGCUGCUUCCUGGAUGAGCAGGCGUCCGCGCUGCCAGGUGAACGCGCCAACCUCAGCGACGACCGCCCGAUGGGCACCGUGAAGGACACGUACGCUGGUACCUAUGAUGUGAUUGUGUCUAACCCACCAUACGUUCUACCGAAGCAAUACACCGAUCUCCCUUGUACCAUUACUCACUGGGAGUCUAAAACGGCCCUCGUCGGUGACGACUACCGCGAGUCUCGGCAGUACUUGUACUUUAAAGAGCUCUGUGUGCAUGGGGCGAAGUUGCUCAAGCCGCGUGAUCAGCGCAACGCAAUACUGCGCGAUGCGCCGAACAUUGUCAUCGAGGUCGGACUGCAGGCGCACAUGGUGGCGGAACUGAUGGAGAAGAGCAAACUCUGGCAAGACGUCGAGGUUCACCUCGAUUAUGCUCAGCAGGAGCGCUGGAUUUCGGCGAACUCGGCACACUAG